GCUAAAAUCAAGGAAAAUUGACCCAAUGAAUUUUUUAUUAUAUAUUGUUGGACUGACCAGUCACUAUUUUACCCAUCUUAAAGACUUAAACUAAGUUUUGUUCUGUCUUCUCUUUCACUCUUCAGACAGACACAACAGUGAAACUAAAAAGAUUAGAUUUCUUCGGACAAAGAUUUUCUCGAGAUUGGAGAAAAAUGAAGUUCGGGAAAGAGUUCUCGUCGCAAAUGGUGCCGGAAUGGCAUGAAGCUUACAUGGAUUAUGAUUAUCUCAAAUCUCAACUUAAAGAAAUCAUCAAAUUCAAACGCAAAACCAAUCCUCACGGUCCUCAUCAUCAUCAUCAUCACUUACUUCACAGGAAAAUGACUCUUCACCGAGCAUUCAGCGGUUUAAUCUCCACAUCACCGAAAAAAAAGAAACACCACGGACACGGCGGCGGACACGGUGGUGGUCAUCAGAUCGGACAUUUCUCAGAUUCCGAUGAUGACAUCGAGGAGGGAAUUAAGCAUGUCACUGCGCCGAUUCUAAUAAACUCGGCGAGUCAUGGUUACGAGACGACGUUUUUGAUGGCGUCGGAGGAAGGAGGAGAGUACGAGACGGUGUUUUUCCGGCGACUAGACGAUGAGUUCAAUAAAGUUGAGAAGUUUUAUAAAGAGAAAGUUGAAGAAGUUAUGAAAGAAGCUGUGAUGCUUGAGAAGCAAAUGGAUGCUUUAAUUGCGUUUAGGGUUAAAGUUGAACAUCCUGAUGGUUGGCCUUGGGAGGAACGUACGGUGGAGAUGACUCAAUUAGCUUCUGAUGUUGCUAAUUCUGCGGCGGCCGUCGCUGCUUCUACUCCCGCCGGUGCUAGAUCUAUGAAAGUUGGAGCUCAAGCUCACAUGGAAGCGAUACAAGAAGGAGGAUCAAGCAAAGCUGGUAAAUCCUCUGACGAAGAAGAUGAUGAUGAUGCAGAGAAAGAAGAAGAUAACGGUGUUUCCGGCGAAGUGUCCGGUGACGUGAGGAAGAUGAAAGCUGGGAGACCACCUCCGAUUGAGGUUUUGGAUCGUGUCAAGUUUAACCAUACGAAGGAAACGCCACGAUCCACCAUUAAAAGUGUUCUCCAGGCCUCGAAUUUGACGGAGCUUAAAUUUAGCAGAGAGAAUCUGAGGAAAGUGGAGGCGAAACUCAGACGCGCCUUCGUUGAGUUUUACCAGAAGCUUCGGUUACUCAAAAGCUACAGCUUUUUGAAUGAAUUAGCGUUUUCGAAGAUAUUGAAGAAAUAUGAUAAGAUAACUUCAAGGCAUGCUUCAAAGUCUUACAUGAAAAUGAUUGAUAACUCUUACCUUGGAAGCUCUGAUGAGGUUACUAGACUCGUUGAGCGUGUUGAAGCUACGUUUAUUAAGCAUUUCUCCAAUGCUAACAGAUCAAAAGGAAUGAACAUCUUGAGACCCAAAGCUAAACGAGAGAGACAUCGAAUUACAUUCUCCACAGGUUUCUUGGGUGGAUGUUUGUUUUCUCUAGUAGUGGCUCUAUUCGCAAUCAUACGAACACGAAACAUUUUGCAGGAGGAAGGCCAGAAACAGUACAUGAACACUAUGUUCCCUCUUUACAGUUUGUUCGGGUUCGUCGUUCUGCACAUACUUAUGUAUGCUGGUAACAUAUACUACUGGAGGCGGUAUCGAGUGAAUUACUCUUUCAUAUUUGGGUUCAAGCACGGUACUGAACUUGGUUAUAGACAAGUUCUAUUUGUGGGAUUAAGCAUUGGAGUCUUUGCACUUCUUUGUAUUCUUGCCAAUCUUGACAUGGAGGUUGACCCCGAAACUAAAGAUUAUCAAGCAUUAACCGAACUUCUUCCUCUUUUCCUGCUCACUGGUAUGUUUGUAGUUCUAGUCUUACCAUUCAACAUCUUCUACCGGUCGAGUCGCUUCUUCUUCCUCACUUGCCUCUUUCACUGCCUUGCUGCUCCUCUAUACAAGGUAACAUUACCUGAUUUCUUGGUGGGCGAUCAGUUAACAAGUCAGGUGCAAGCUCUUCGAAGUAUCCAGUUUUAUAUAUGUCAUUACGGUUGGGGAGAUUACAAACAUCGAAUAAACACUUGCACAGAGUCAGAUGCCUACAAUGCUUUCUUAUUCAUUGUUGCUGUCAUCCCAUACGUCUCUCGUCUCCUUCAGUGCUUGAGGCGACUGUUUGAAGAGAAAAACCCAGAACAAGGAUACAAUGGCCUCAAGUACUUCUUGACUAUAGUGGCUGUCUGCUUGAGGACGACUUACAGUGUCGACGAGGAUAAUCAAUUUAUAUGGAGAAUAUUAGCUGGGAUCUUCUCAGCUAUUGCUGCCAUUUUCUGUACUUACUGGGACUUAGUCUAUGACUGGGGUCUUCUAAACAGAACAUCUAAGAACCCUUGGCUCCGUGAUAAACUCCUUGUCCCGCAGAAGAAAGUAUACUUCAUCGCGAUGAUCUUGAACAUCUUGCUCAGGUUCGCGUGGCUGCAGACCGUGCUUGAUUUCAAUUUCUCCUUCAUGCACAGACAGACGAUGGUUGCUGUUGUUGCCAGUCUAGAGAUUAUCCGCCGUGGGAUAUGGAAUUUCUUCAGGUUAGAGAAUGAGCAUUUGAACAAUGUUGGGAAGUAUCGAGCAUUUAAGACGGUUCCAUUACCGUUUAACUACGACGAGGAUGACGAUAAAGGCAACUAGUUUUCUCGGUUUCUAGUCUUAGAUUCUGUAAAGACUGAUUCAUCCACAACGAGUAGGAGGAAGAUGGACUAGACUAAAGCUGGUUCAUUGAGAUCAAGGAGAUGUUUCACUCAGGAUAACGGAUAUUCGCUAGAUUAGCCAUAGUAAUUAGGGUCACUGAUUUGCACUUAAAAUUUGUUUCAUUGAGAGAAACAUGAAAUUCAUGGGCAUCAACAAAGCAAUGACUUAAAAACCAAAUUCUCCCACAAUAACAAAAGUAAUAAUCAGAAACAUUCAAAGUAUCAGAAUAACUUAACCAAAUAAAUUCUAAUAAUCGCUCACUUUCCCUUGGUUUCUUCUUCUUCUUCCUUCUUCUUCGCCGCAGCGGCUGCCUCCUCCCCUUGUUCCAACUCCUUUAACGACUGAGUCCGCAUCUCUUUCUGCAUUGCUAGAAACGGUCCGUAGUAAUCGACGUUAGUAUACAUACAUGUAAUCAGCUUCAAUCUAGCAUCUCGACAGUUCGUGCCGUCAUCUUUCACUUCCCUACAAUGAUCAACUUCUAUGAAUGCAUCUUUGCAAUCACCUUUUUUCAAAUACCGACUAAGCCAACACUCUUCACAAUCUUCUUCCUCUUUCUCCUUGUUAGUCUCACUCAAAUCAUCAUCAGAACUUACUGUUUUGGAUUUGUUCGGAUCUUCCGAAGCAGCAGAUGAAUCUCCUCCUUCAUGAUCCAAAGGGUCGUUACCGCUUUUUGGUUUGCUCUCAGAAUUCUCAGCAUUCGCAUUCAUAGAAGACAUGGUUGUUUGAUUUUAAAAGACGAAGUUAGGUUUGAGAGUCAAGAACACAAGUGGGAAGCUUAAAACCCCUCCUCUUAAACCCUUUAGUUAUGUCGGCUUUUAAGUUUUAGGAAAUAGUUUCGUUAAAACCUAUUCUUGGAGAACAAGUGGUGGUAUUCUUG